AUGGGUCAACCUCUCUCCAAACAGGAUUUCUCCUGGUCGUACACCGACGAGCCGCAUGCCACCCGGAGGAAGGAGAUCCUGGAGAAAUAUCCUCAGGUCAAGGAGUAUUUCGGGAUUGAUGCUUCUUUCAAAUACGUGGUCGUUGCAAUGGUGCUCUUACAGAUCAUGUUGGCAUAUCUUUUACAAGGUAAGUGGGGAUCCGAAGAUGAUCUUGAAGGGGUUUUGGGAUCAGAUGAUGUUAUUAUUUUAGACGCAAGUUGGGUGCUGAUUUUCUUGCAAGCUUACUUUGUCAGUGGCACUAUAAAUCAUUCGUUGACCUUGGCAGUGCAUGAGAUUUCACAUAAUCAAGGGUUCGGUCACAAAUAUCCAUUCAAAGUAAGUUUUGGGUUAAAUUGUUAUUGAAAGCAAAUCUAAACUUUUGGCGUAUUUGGGAUAUGGUUUAAGUGAACUUUGCGAUAAAUGCAAUAUUUAUUGCAGAACCGUGUCCUCGGAAUGAUCGCCAACCUCCCGAUGGGCGUCCCAAUGUCAAUAUCCUUCAAAAAGUAUCAUCUUGAACAUCAUCGUCAUCUAGGAGAAGAUGUCAUCGACACGGAUGUGCCAACCGAAUUCGAGACUCGGUUCUUCAAUUCGAUGACGGGGAAAGUGAUUUGGCUUAUACUACAACCGGUCUUUUAUGCAUUUCGGCCAUUCGCAGUAUACCAGAAAGCGAUUACCGACGCCGAAGUCGUAAAUGCGGUUGUUCAAAUUGCUUUCGACGCCGCGAUUUUCUAUUUCUUUGGUGUGAAAUCCUUUGUGUACUUGUUUGUUGGAUUCAUCUUAGGAUUGGGUAUUCAUCCAUUGGCUGGACACUUCAUCAGCGAUCAUUAUGUUUUCAAGGAGGGACAGGAGACUUAUAGGUAUGUAAUGUGGAAAUUUGGCAGAAAGGCACUCGAAUACGAUUACUCGGUCUUUUUUCAGUUACUACGGCCCAGUGAACCACGUCACAUUCAACGUUGGUCACCAUGUUGAACAUCACGACUUUCCAUUCGUCUGCGGCCGAAACCUGGGGGAAAUCAGAAAGAUUGCCCCCGAAUAUUAUGAGAACCUCCAGAUCCACACGUCUUGGAUUCGAAUCUUCUAUGACUUUGUCAUCGACCCAGAGAUGAGUCUUCGCUCCAGAAUCAAAAGGAAAAUGGCCCCGAUUACGGAGAGACAUUUCUAUGGAGUUGGAUCGUACAGCUCAUCCAAGGUCUAUGAGGCGAUCCAAAAUCUGGUAUCUACGGUUUUCCAGAAGACCAAAACUCAAUAA